AUGCCGACAAGGGUUGUUCCGGACGGAGAAGGCGGUGAAGGGGACCGCAAUCCUCUUGGGAGAUAUGAAGGUGAACGAAACGAACGAGGUGAACGACAUGGUCAGGGAAAAGCUCUGCUCCCAAAUGGUGACAUGUACGUAGGUUCAUAUUGCAAGGGAUUACGCCAUGGUAAAGGUAUAUACGUUUUUCGUAACGGAGCACGUUACGAUGGCGACUGGCGAUGCGGUUUGAAGUACGGUGUGGGAACAUUUUGGUACCCAGAUGGAACCAGAUACGAAGGGGAUUGGAAACGUGACACAAAGUACGGUUUCGGUGUUUAUCACUACGUUAAUAAUGACGUCUAUGAAGGAUCUUGGAAGAAAAAUCUGCGCCACGGAAUGGGGACGUAUUUAUACUCCGCAACUGGUACGCAAUUCAUGGGAACCUGGAUUAAAGGUCGGAUGCAGGGCCCAGGAAAACUAAUUCAUCCGAGACACCAUUUUCACGGAUUUUGGGAACUCAAUCAGCCAUUCGGUAGAGGAUGUUUUACCUUUGAAAACCAUUGCAUGCAGCACGGACAUUACAUUCAUAUUCGUGAUCCAAAUUAUGACGAAACGCAAGAAGAGAGUGAAAGCCUUGCUGCAGUUGGGGUAUCUCCAGAGAAGGCGACACAGAGCGCAAAUGAAACUGCAGAGGGAAUAGAGCCGGGAAAAGAUUCUCUGUUAACUAAUCCAUCCGUGACAGAGAAGCCGCUGCCCCUGAAAAAAGGAAUUAUUGCGCUGUGGAGGGCGAGAUACAUCACAGCGUACAAUCCUGAUCUGCUUCCACCGGAACCAGAGCCUUUACAAGAGGAGGCAUCCCAACAAUCCCUGGACGACAAGUGUGAAGAGGAUGGUCACUGGCCAGAAAGUGAGCAAUAUUUGACUCACGAAGAAUGUGAGGGAGAAUAUCACCGAGAGCAAAGCCAAGAAGAAGAAUAUUUUGAAGAUCAUAUUGAUUCUUUGAGUGGGGAUAGUGCAUCAAGAGAGGAAACAAUUUAAUUUCACUUUUGCAAAUUGAGAGGAGCAUCGGCUCACGAAAAUUGUUAUUUUUUUUUUUGUAUUUCUACGCUAUGCACAAAUCGUACCCCAAUUUAAUUUUUAAAGUCAAUCAACUGCGAGCUAAUAAAUAUUUCGA